UACCCAAGUAAACAUCAGGAUUCAGGACCCAGGAGCAUUGCGAAUGCGAGCAACCGCAAGAGCAAGAGAAUGAAGAUGGGAGCGUUUUGGGGGACGCGAGUCAUGGAAUUAGUGAAGAAGCACGAUUCAGGAGGCCUCGUCUGGAAGAGAAUCAAGCUCACUACUACCCGUAAAGCCAACGCCAAGAAGCGUAUUCUUCGAGUCUGGCAGAAUGAGGCUGUGUUAAGGGCGUGCUCAGAGGUACCACCUUCAAACCCAAAUUCUGAAGGUGCAAAGAAGCCUUGAGGUUGUUAUCUCUCUGUUAAAUGUAGAAACCCACAAGUGACAUGUUUUGGUAAAAGUGAUUUUGACUAUUAUUUAUGUAGGGGUGUGUGUGUGUGUCUGUUUCAUCAAGAUAUUUAUUUGUAUCCAGUUGUCUGAUGGAUGCGUCUAAAAUCUAAAUAUGAGAUUGGUGUCAUAAUCUUUCA